AUGCCUUUUCCACUCGAUGCUCACGUCCUCACAGUGGACACCAACCUUCUUCACAAGGUUGAUACCUCUAAUCCCCAAAAUCUCUAUGGCAUGUGGACGGUCUUUGCUCGGUGCGCAGAAUCGCUUGAGCAAGGUCGGAGGUUAGAGAAUAUCAGCUGGCGUCUCUGGAACCGAGAAACAUUUUGCUGUGCAACAGACAACUCCAAGACAUCAUCUGCAGCGACCAGCCUACCCCAGCAAAUCCCACAAGACAGCCACCUUGCCGACUUGCCUCAAUUAUCCGGUAGCCUCGACUCCAUCGCCGAUGACGAGACUCCCGACUUCGCUUCCGACGAAUCCGCAGCCGACAUUGUUCGCCCUAGGAUACGGCGGCAGGACUCUGGUGCUAGUCACCGCAGCCGUGGCCGUGAACGCCACAUCACGGCGGAUGACUUCGAGAAGCUCGUCGUCUCCAUCAUCAAGGAAAAGGAACCUCUUUCCGCCCCAUUGCCUGAAGUUGUGGCACCUUGCACACAGGCCGUCAAGCAGAUGCCUUGCUCAAAGACAAGUCUCGGACGCUCGGGCUCCACUACCACCGAGUCGUCCAGCGGGUCGUCUAUAGACGAGGAGGAGCCUUCUCAGCAGCCAUCAUCACCGGAACUCAACACGCGGGCUACUACCGUGGUUCGCGGCUUCUCACCAUCUUACAUCCCCAUUCCGCGUACCGUUACCGAUUCGCCCCGCACUGUUCCUGCACCUCUACCCGACCCGACUUCCGAGCCGGCCCCCAAGACGAUCAUGCCGAAGAAGCAGCCCAUGUUCGUCAUGGGCGGCUCAUGCUCAUCCAGCGAGCUGGACCAAAGCCCUCAGGUCACACAGCACCUGCCUGCUCUGCAGCCAAAGCGCAAGAUGUUCCAUUUUGGUGGGUCAUCUGAAGAAGAUAGCUCAAUCAAGAGCGCCCUUGCAUCACCCAAGCCCAACAGCCUGCUUUCGGCCCAGAAGAAGCAGGCGUCGUUCAGUAACCAUGUGACGACCCGUACCAUCGACAACGACGCUGCCAUCGCCGACGACUCGGAAACGGACUACGUAGAUGAGAGCGCAAUCGACGACGACGACGACUCAUCCGACUGGGAGGACUCCAUCGAGGACAGCGGCAGGUCGAGUAUCGACGAGAAGACGAUGUUCCGGCGCGUCGACUCGAGAGUCAACCUCACCUCACGACGGUCUCUCAUCACGCUGAUGCUCGCACACAACGAGCGAGCUGCGAUGCUCGGCAAUGCCGCCUCGCAAUCGACUUCGGCUAUCCCCCACGCACGCUUCCCCCAGGGUCCCAGCCUGGCUGCCUCACCUAACGAUUCUGACGAGGCCCCACUAAUGAUGAAGCGCGGAGUGCGGCAGUCACCGCUGAAGCCGAUUGUUGAAAUUCCUCGGUCCACGGCACAGCCCAUCUUGGCAUCAGCCGGUCGCACCCACAUGCAGGCGGCCCUGUCGCCUCGGACCACUCGUCGGAACAUGCUGUCAACCGAACUCACCGAAUCGCUGCGCCGCAACUUACUCUGGGAACGUCAACAAAAAUCGUCCACGGCCAAUGCCGUUCUCAAGCGCAGGCAUACCUCGCAUGAUGUGGCCAAUCUCAAGCAGUACCCCGAGAAGGCCUAUAUGAAUAAGGACGAGGAUGCCGGCUCCAAUCUGUACUUCCAGAAGGAGACCUUCGGCGGUUAUCACUCCAAGGGCUGGUAG